UUUCUGCCGAAAAGGGACUUUGCCUGUGGGCUGAUGUGGCCAAGUAGCAGAGCCUGAAGUUACUCUUUUCACUUUCCAUGCUUACUGCACCUUGAACGAGCUGCAGAAGAGAAAAUUUACACAUGUCAUCCCUGAUUAAGAAAAUCAUCAGCACAGCCAAAGCACCAGGUCCAAUCGGACCCUACAGUCAAGCAGUGCUGGUAGACCAAACCAUGUACAUCUCAGGACAGUUAGGCGUGGAUCCUUCAAGUGGACAGCUUGUGUCAGGAGGGGUGGUAGAGGAGGCAAAACAGGUACUCAUAAACAUAGGAGAAAUUCUGAAAGCUGGUGGCUGUGAUUACGUUAAUGUGGUAAAGACAACUGUUUUGCUGGCUGACAUAAAUGACUUCAGUGCUGUUAAUGAUAUCUACAAGCAGUAUUUCAAGAGUAGUUUUCCAGCCAGAGCUGCUUACCAGGUUGCUGCUUUGCCCAAAGGAGCUCGUGUUGAAAUUGAAGCCAUAGCUGUUACAGGACUUCCCACGAAAUUAUGACUAUAAAUCAUGCCCUCCACUGUUUUUCGAGUUACAUUUGGUUUAGGAUAAAUGAUUGUUAAUUUACUUCUAAUUCUUGAAAUUAAUGUUGGAAAUCAUAAGCCUUAAUGAAAUGAUGUGGAGGACCUUCUAUUAUAGAAAUAGCAUAAUAGGUGAACAUGAAUGUGAACUAAAGGAUUUGAUGGAGAAUACAAUUAUAAUGCAACAUUGAUAAUGCAUACAGCCACACUACCUGAAAGCAAAAAAAUUACAGUAUCUCUCUACAAAAAUAAAAGCAAAGAGUAGCAGGAAAUGCAGGAAAAAGAUUUCCCCCGGGAAUUGUGGAUUGUUUUAUAUCUGAGAGGGAGAAAAUAACAUUUAUGGAAUUAAAUUCUAAAUUCAUGAUCUGAGAAAUAUUUGACUGAUGUUCUAAUUUUGUUAGCAAAAUUAACCAAAAAAUCAUUUUAUACAUUCUUUCAAUUAGUUGCAUGUAAUGCCAAGGAUUUAAAGGUGGCAAAUCCCUCAAAAAACUAUCAACUUCUUUUUAAAGAAUUUCCACUGUUGGUCUAAUUAAAAUUCCAGGGAAUGUGGCAAAAGUUAAUGAAAAGAAAAAAAAGUUAAAAAGAAAGAAGUUAAUGGACCAAAAAUUUCUAAAUGACAAAACCUAUUUUUUCUAAUGGAAAUAAAAUGACAAUAUGCACAUUU